AUGGAACCAUCGACAAUCUACAGCUCAAAGCUUAAUGCACCAAAAGCUUCACCUGCUGGAGGUCAAAUAAAUGUGCAGCCUGACUUGCUUCCAGAUGUUCAGCCGGACGUGCAACAAGCUGUACAACAGGAAGUGCAGCAAACUGUACAGUCAGACGUGCAGCAAGCUGUACAACCGGAAGUGCAGCAAACUGUACAGUCGGACGUGCAGCAAGCUGUACAACCGGAAGUGCAGCAAACUGUACAGUCGGACGUGCAGCAAGCUGUACAACCGGAAGUGCAGCAAACUGUACAGUCGGACGUGCAGCAAGCUGUACAACCGGAAGUGCAGCAAACUGUGCUGUCGGAUGUGCAGAAAACUGUACAGUCGGACGUGCAGCAAGCUGUAAAACCGGAAAUACAGCAAAAUGUACAGUCGGAUGUGCAACAAGCUGUACAACCAGUAGUAAAGCAAGUUGCACUACCGGAAGUGCAGCAAGUUGCACUGCCGGAUGUGAGUCAAGCUGUACAGCCCGACGAACAGAUAGAUCUACAGUUUGUCGCGAACCCACAGACAUCCUUGCAGCAAUCGCCAUUUUCGAAACACCUAGCAAUGCCAAAACCCAGAACUGAAAAGAAAACGAUUAAAAAAAUUAAGUUGCCGAAGGCAGUUACUGGUGAGGCAUUUAGAAAGAUAAUGCUAGAAAAGAAAGCACUUAAAGAGCAAAAUGAACGCGAAAAGCAAGAAAGAAAACUAGAACGUGAACGAAAACGCAAAGAGAGAGAUGAGGAAAAACAAAGGAAACAAAAAGAAAGGGAGGAAAAAAAGCGGCAAAGAGAAAUUGAGAAAGCAGAAAAACUAAAAAGAAAGGCACUAGCAGAAAAAGUAAAUCAACAUUUAGCAAAACGGAAAAGAAAUGACGUAUCUAGCAGCUCCGAUUCGGGGUCUGAUUUUCAACCGAAUGACGACUCGGAAUACGAAUGUGACAUUGACAGAAUGAAAUGUUUCAAGUGGGGAGAACUUUACAAUGACGAUAACCCGCUGGUAUGGAUCUCGUGUGACAACUGCCCUCGUUUAUUCCACAGGAAAUGCACAGACAUAGAUUUCAGUGGAAUGGACGAGGAAGACAUCGCAAAUUUCCCAUUUGAGUGUCUGUACUGCUGAAAAAGAGUUGCACGAGAUCGAAACCGGUGAACUUGAUAGAUACAUAUCGUCUCUGGUUGUGUUUGGUCACAUCCAUACUCCGAGUCAUCGUUUGUGUUUAAGACAAUUAAAUAUUUUUGUUAUAAUUAUGUUUAAAGAUAUUGAAUGAAUUAUCUUGUUUAAAUUGUUUAGAUUUAACGAAAUUAGAUAAAUUAGAUUCUAGUUAUUUUUAAAAAGCCCGUCAUGUUCGGAAAUAGACACCGUUUGUGUUCGAGUGACCCGCACUGUUCGGAAAUGCACGCAGUCACAAGAGUUUUUC